GGCUCGAGCAAGCAGAGGUCGAAAUGAACAGCUGGAUCAACUGCAGACAGAGGUGAGCGAAGUGACUUCUUUAUUGAAGAACAAUGUGGAAAAGGUCCUAGAGAGAGGAGAAAGAAUUGACACACUGCAGUCCAGAUCAGAGGACCUGGAGAAUAGCUCAACACAUUUUCGUAGUUCUGCAGUGAAAAUUCGCAAGAAAAUGUGGUGGAAUAAUUGCAAGAUGACUUGUAUCAUUGCAACAGUUGUAACACUCAUCAUUAUCAUAAUUGUGGUCGUCAUCUUGGUGGAAACAAAACCCUGGCAAUCUUCAGGCGGUGGGGGGAAGCACAACGGUACCAAAGUUGAACUUUAUCGAACAACAGCCAGCUCAAGUUCUGCAACAGAUUUACAUUAA